AUGUCCUAUACAGAGAAGUUCUUCAAAGAAGAACCGUCUGCCCCAAAGAUUGUUACAGAUUCCAUUCCCGGUCCAAACGGUCAAAAGGCAAUCAAAUCACUCAACGAAGUAUUCGAUGCUAGAUGUGUGUACUUUUUAGCUGAUUACAAGAAGUCCAUAGGAAACUACAUCGUGGAUGCAGAUGGCAACACAUUGCUGGACUGUUACGCCCAAAUCGCUUCCAUUCCACUUGGAUAUAAUAACCCUGAACUCAUCAAGGUUGCUAGAUCCGACGAAAUGGUUUCUGCUAUUGUCAACAGAGCUGCAUUGGGAAACUUCGCGGGAGUUGAGUUUGAGGAAGUCCAGAGAAGGCUCUUAAAAUAUGCACCUAAGGGUCAAAAGUAUGUGUGGAAUGCUCUCUCGGGGGCAGAUGCCAACGAAUUGGCAUUCAAGGCUGUCUUCUUCAAUUACCAGUCCACGAGGAGAGGGUUUGAUAAGCCUUUUUCGGCCGAAGAGGAGAAGUCUUGUAUGGAAAACAAAGCUCCAGGUAACCCCGAGCUUGCAAUCCUGUCCUUUGGAAGAGCUUUUCAUGGAAGACUAUUUGCUUCCGGAUCAGUGACCAGAUCCAAGCCAGUUCACAAGAUGGAUAUGCCAUCUUUCAAAUGGCCAAAAGCAGAAUUUCCCUCCUACAAGUAUCCAUUGGAAGCUAAUGAGGCAUUCAAUCAAAAGGAAGAUGAGAGAUGCUUAUCAAUUGUAGAGGAGUUUUUCAAAACAUGGCAUUGUCCUAUAGCUGGUGUUAUUGUCGAACCUAUCCAAUCUGAAGGUGGCGAUAAUCAUGCGUCUGCUGUAUUUUUCCAGGGUCUACGAGACAUCACGUUGAAGUAUGGCGCCAAGCUGAUUAUUGACGAAGUUCAAACAGGAUGUGGUGCUACUGGUCUCAUGUGGGAACACGAAAGAUACAAUAUCACUCCUCCUCCAGACCUUGUCACCUUCUCCAAGAAGAUGCAAUCUGCAGGUUACUUCUUCAACGACCAAAAGCUCAUUCCAAAUAUGCCUUAUAGACAGUUCAACACUUGGUGCGGUGACGAGAAGCUGAUCAUGUUGGCUGCAGCCAUCUGCAAAGAAGUACACGAAAAGAAUUUACUGACCUCAAUCAAGGAAACUGGCGACUUUUUGUACCAAAAUCUCGAGGAUCUUCAGAAGAAAUAUCCUCGUUACUUACAAAAUUUAAGAGGGAAAGGGAAGGCUUGUUUCAUCGCUUUUGAUAUGCCAUCCCCAGAAAAAAGAACAGAGUUUUUGAACAAAAUGCGCAUCUCUGGUGUUAAUAUUGGCGGCUGUGCGGAGGUUGGUGUGAGACUCAGACCAACCUUGGUGUUCGAGAAAAAGCAUGCACAAAUUCUAGUGGGUAUCCUUGAAAAAGUUCUUGCAACCCUGUGA